UAUAAAUAUACAAAUAGUUGUAGGUCUGUAAAAUUUACUUUGAAAAAAGACUGGACGAUUGCGUGUCGAUCUUCGAUUUGAUUCCAUCCAUGAUCUCGCGUCUUUGACAUCUUUCGUUGCCAAUCGAUCAAUCCAGAGAGAGCGAGAGAGAAGGUGGAGGACUGUGAAAAUGGAGGUGUAUGCAGUGCUGAGGCUGCUGGUAUGGCUGGCACUGUCAGUGGUGCCCCGUGCAGCGUCGCAGCAGCUGCCGCCGGGGUGCCAGCGGCAGUGCGGCAACGUGACCGUCCCCUUCCCGUUCGGCAUCGGCGCGGGCUGCCACCGCGGCGCUGCUGAGGGGGGCUUCCGGCUCCAGUGCGACGACACCCGCCGCCCGCCGCGCCUCACCGUGGCCGGGUACGGUCACGAGGUCGCUGCCAUCUCGCUGCCCGCGGCCGAGGCCACCGUGCUCCUCAACGCCAGCCGUGCGUGCUACGACCGCCCCGGCGACGUCGACGGCCGUAUUGUUAGCCUUCGGGAGCAACCCAUGGUGCUCAACGGCAGCGCCUUCCUCUUCUCGUCCAUGAAGAGCAAGUUCGUGGCCAUCGGCUGCCCCGGCCUCGCCUACUUCGUCGACGGCGGUGGGUACUACGUCACGGGGUGCAUGUCCGUGUGCCGUCCCUCGGAGCGCGCGCUGCCAGGGUCAUGCCGGGGCGACGACGGCUGCUGCCAGAGCAACAUCCCCCUCGGACUCGACUCCUACAGCCCCUACCUUGGGAGCUUCGGCCGCCACCGCCGCGGCCGCCGCCAUGGCGAGGAGGCGACGUUCCUGGACAACUCCACCGCCUGCUCCUACGCGUUCAUGGUGGACGCGUGGUGGUUCUGGUUCGCCGGCUCCCACUUCAACCGGACCGGGGACUUCGCCGUGCCCGUCGUGCUGGACUGGGCCAUCAGGGACGCCCCGAGCUGCGCCGCCGCGUGGGCAGACCCGGCCACGUACGCGUGCCGGAGCGCGCACAGCGUCUGCCUCGAGUCGAGCAACGGCCCUGGGUACGUCUGCAACUGCACCCAAGGGUACGAGGGCAACCCGUAUGUCAUGAACGGCUGCUCAGAUAUCGAUGAGUGCGAGCUCAGAGAUGAGUUCCAGUGCUACGGCGUCUGCGUCAACACGCCGGGCAGCUUCAUCUGCACAUGCCCCAGGGGAUCCAGCGGAAAUGCCACUGUAGAACAUGGCUGCCGCCCAGACAACAAGUUCACUUCGGCACUCAAGGCCGUAACAGGUGCAAGCGUAGGCGUGCUCCUGCUGCUGGUGUCCUGCUUCUCGGUGCACCUGGGGCUCCAAAAGAGGCGGAUGCUCAGAGCGAAGCAGCGCUUCUUCGAGCAGAACGGUGGCCUCCUCCUGCAGCAGCAGCUGGGAACCCUGGCCAGCUCCGGCGUGGCGUUCAAGAUCUUCUCUGAGGGGGAGAUCAACAGGGCCACCGACGGCUUCGCGGAGGCUCGAGUCCUUGGCUGUGGAGGGCACGGCGUCGUCUACAAGGGCGUCCUCGCCGACGGCUCCGCCGUGGCCGUCAAGAAGUCCAGGGUGGUCGACGCGAAGCAGAUCAGGGAGUUCGCGAGGGAGAUGCUGAUCCUCUCCCAGAUCAACCACCGGAACGUGGUGAAGCUGCUCGGCUGCUGCCUCGAGGUCGAGGUCCCCAUGCUGGUCUACGAGUACGUUCCCAACGGUAGCCUCCAUGGGCACAUCCACGGUGGCGGCGGCAGCGGCGAUGGUGAGAGCAAGCUGUUGCUGCCGCCGGGCGCGCGCCUCCGCAUCGCGGCCGAGUCCGCGGACGCGCUCGCGUACAUGCACUCGUCGGCCUCGCCGCCGAUCCUCCACCGCGACGUCAAGUCCGCCAACAUCCUGCUCGACGGCGACCUCGCGGCCAAGGUGUCCGACUUCGGCGCGUCGAGGCUGGCGCCGGCGGACGAGGCGGCGGUGGCCACGCUUGUCCAGGGGACACUGGGGUACCUGGACCCAGAGUACCUGCUGACAUGCCAGCUCACCAGCAAGAGCGACGUGUACAGCUUCGCGGUGGUUGUGCUGGAGCUGCUCACCGGGAGGAAGGCGUUCACCCCGGUGGAGGACGAGGAGGAGGAGGAGGACGGGAGCCUCGCGUUCUUCUUCAUCACAGCGGUGCAGGCGGGACGGCACCGGGAGAUCAUGGACGAGCAGGUCAGGAAGGAGGUCGGAGUGGAGGCGCUCGACAAGGCCGCAGAAUUGCUUAUGCAGUGCCUGAGCAUGGCUAGCGAGGACAGGCCGACCAUGAAGGAGGUCGCCGACAAGCUCCAAAGGCUCAGAAGCCACGCGUGCAGCAGCAGUGCUGCGAAUGCAGAUUACUGAUGUUUCCAGGUGCUCUACUUGUUAGAAAACCUACCAAACAACACAAGUUGUUGCAGGUGAUCAGCUAUAUAUAUCCUAUGUCCAGUGCUUUUGGC